UUCUUCGCUUUCGAAGCACGCUUUUAAAGGUUGCCUUUAAAAAUAAUAAAGAAAAGAAUUAAUGGAACUGUUAAGUGAACAAGGUUUACGUCUCGAUGGUCGACGGCCACACGAGCUGCGCAGAAUUAAAUGUAAGCUCGGUGUAUUUGAACAACCAGAUGGAAGCGCAUAUCUGGAACAGGGUAAUACCAAAGUUUUGGCCGCUGUCUAUGGCCCACAUCAGGCACAGAAUAAAAAAAUGGACAUAAAUGAAGUAGUCAUCAAUUGUCAAUAUAGCAUGGCAACAUUUUCCACAGCAGAACGCAAGAAACGCCCGCGAGGUGACCGAAAGUCGCAGGAGAUAACUUUAUAUUUGAGACAGGCUUUAAGGGCUGCUAUUAAAACUGAACUUUAUCCAAGGUCCCAAAUUGAUGUGUAUGUAGAAGUUAUGCAAGCCGAUGGUGCCAAUUAUGCUGUAGCCUUAAACGCUGCCACACUGGCUUUAGUAGACGCUGGCAUAUGUCUCAAGGAAUAUGUUGUUGCCUGCACCGCAUCGUUGAGUAAGAAUAACAUUCCCCUUACGGAUGUUUCAAAUCAUGAAGAAAUGGCUGGUGGUCCAACGUUAACGGUGGCUUCUUUACCAACUUCAAAUAAAAUAGCUUUUAUGGAAAUGACACAACGUUUCCACCUGGACAAUUUGCCAAAGGUAAUAGACCAAGCUUUGGCUGGUUGUCGUGAAAUUCAAGCCAUUAUGGAGACAGCCGUACGAAAACAUUUAAUGCAAAUGGGUUCUGCCGGUGAUUGGAGCAAUAUUGCUAAAUAAAACAUCAACUUAAAUAUACA